AUGGAUCAAGACCAGGGCUACUACUCCCGCUCUGCGGCCGCCGGCACUCCUCUCCGCCCAAGCACCCCCAACACAGAAAGCAGCCGCAACCCGUUUGGCGACGGUAUCGAGUCGCAGGCUUCCCAAAGAGGCCCAGUGACCACGAACCCGUUCGGUACACCCGCCGUCUCGCGUCCUGCCUCGAGUUUCGGCUCAGCCAGCGCCCUUGGAGCCCGCUUCGACGAGCGCACCAACCGUUACUUCCACUCGAGACGGAUCCGUAAGGAGGACAUCGAGAAGCCUUGGUUGAACAAGGCCGAUCCCAAGGAGAAAUGGGUCACCAUCAUUCCACUCAUCGGCAUCUUCGUCGGCCUCGUCGUCUCGGGCUUCCUGGUAUGGGACGGUGUCCGCAGUGUCGUCAAGCACAAGUAUUGCCCCGUGCUCAUGGAGGACUUCUCCUCGGGCACACUCGACCCCAACGUCUGGACUCAUGAAGUGCAGGUCGGCGGCUUUGGCAAUGGCGAAUUCGAGAUGACCACCGCAGACAAUGAGAACGUUUUCAUCAAGGAUGGCAACCUCGUCAUUCUUCCUACUCUCACUGACUCGGCUCUUAUUGAGAAGGACAACGUGAUUGACCUGCUCAAGGAUGGAACUUGCACUUCAGACCAGCCCUCGGCUUGCAUUGCCGCCACCAACACUACUGCCGGCAACUCCUCCAUCGUCCCCCCCACCAAAUCGGGCCGCAUCAAUACCAAGAAGGGCGCUACCAUCAAGUAUGGUCGCGUUGAGGUCGUUGCUAAGUUGCCUAAGGGAGACUGGCUCUGGCCCGCCAUCUGGCUGUUGCCCGUCCAGGACACCUACGGUCCCUGGCCUCUUUCUGGCGAGAUCGACAUCCUCGAGUCCCGCGGCAACAACUGGACUUACGCACAGGGUGGUGAUAACAUCGCCUCGUCAGCUCUCCACUGGGGCCCCGACCCUGCCAACGACGGUUGGUGGAGAACCAACAACAAGCGUCAGGCCCUGCACACGACGUACGCUGAUGGCUUCAACACGUUCGGUCUUGAGUGGUCCCAGAAGUACCUCUUCACCUACAUCAACAGCCGUCUGCUCCAGGUUCUCUACACCAACUUUGACGAGCCCAUGUGGCAGCGUGGCGACUUCCCUCAGGCCAACUCCAACGGCACCCGCCUCGAGGACGUCUGGAGCCAGACUGGCCGCCCCAACACGCCCUUCGACCAAAAGUUCUACCUCAUUCUCAACGUUGCUGUUGGAGGUACCAACGGUUGGUUCCAGGACGGUCAGUCUGGCAAGCCAUGGCUUGAUUCCAGCCCCAACGCCAAGAAGGACUUCUGGAAUGCUCGCGACCAGUGGCUUCCUACGUGGACCUCGCCUGAGCUCUCUGUCUCCAAGGUUUCCAUGUGGCAGCAGUGUGACGGCGAUGAAGAGUUGUAA